CACGGGGUGAUCGCAUAUGUUCGCUUGAGGGAUACCAAUUUCACACACUGCAUCCGACGGAAGACAAACCUCGCAACCAUUAACUCCUUAGUAGAUCAUUUUAACUUUUUUGUUCCAUUUUUAACCAAAUAACGUCCGUUGGACUUGCACUUUUCCGGUCGUCCCCCCCCCAUUCAGAGCCACGCUUGCAAGCGAGGUCGUCCGGUGUUGAUGACACAGCUCCGCCAAACACCGAACAAAGGAACCAGAGUUUAGCCAGGCCCCAACUCCGCUGUUAGACCGACGCAAGAUAAGGAACACAUACGGAAGGCGGUAGCGGUGUCGUCUCGUUUUCUAUCGGUGUUGUUUUCGAAUCGUUUGAGGUAUCGCUGGCGUAUUUUUCACCGUUGCCAAUUUAGACUCGGGAGCCUGGCAGUGGCGAACGCCAAUCAAGCUAAGCGCGCUCGUUUCGCUAGAUAGCUGCCCGUUGCCGCCAAUUCUGUUCGCGUCAGACUGGGACAAAAACCAGCGUUUUUCUGCAGUUAUGGCCGAGGUGUACAUUCGCGUAGCGGAGGAAGAAAACGAAGAACCCAUGGAGAUCCCGUCCGAGGACGACGGCACCGUGCUGCUCUCCACGGUAGCGGCUCAGUUUCCAGGGGCUUGCGGCCUGCGCUUCCGCAGCCCCGUUUCUCAAUGUAUGAGAGGCGUCCGUCUGGUGGAGGGGAUCCUGCAUGCGCCGGAGAACGGAUGGGGCAACCUAGUCUACAUUGUGAACUAUCCGAAAGACAACAAAAGGAAGAUGGAAGAGAUCGAUGCCUCCUCUGCCGUUAAGAUGAAGAGGGGUGAUAUGAAAACGUCUGACUUGAUUGUAUUGGGCUUGCCUUGGAAAACAACCGAGCAAGAUCUGAAAGACUACUUUAGCACAUUUGGAGAAGUCAUUAUGGUCCAGGUAAAACGAGAUGCCAAGACCGGAAACUCCAAAGGAUUUGGUUUUGUGAGGUUUACUGAAUAUGAGUCUCAAGAGAAGGUCAUCUCCCAGCGCCACAUGAUUGAUGGGAGAUGGUGUGACUGCAAACUCCCCAAUUCCAAGCAAGGUCCAGAUGAGCCACUGAGAAGUAGGAAAGUGUUUGUCGGUCGUUGCACAGAGGACAUGACCACAGAUGAUUUGCGACAGUUCUUUAUGCAGUAUGGCGAAGUCACUGAUGUUUUCAUCCCUAAACCGUUCCGUGCAUUUGCCUUUGUCACCUUUGCAGAUGAUCAGGUUGCCCAGUCUCUGUGUGGGGAGGACCUGAUUGUCAAGGGGGUCAGCGUGCAUAUUUCAAAUGCUGAGCCUAAACAUGGCAACAGACAGAUGGAUCGUGCUGGGCGGUUUGGGAAUGGUUUUGGGGGUCAAGGGUUUGGUACUAGCCGUAGUGGGUUAGGGAGCAGCGCUAAUAGCAAUCUGGCUAACUUUGGCUCCUUUAGCCUUAACCCUGCCAUGAUGGCUGCAGCUCAGGCUGCUCUGCAGAGUAGUUGGGGGAUGAUGGGUAUGCUGGCCAGCCAGCAAGGUCAGACUUCCACCACAGGCAGCACUUCCACUGGAACAAGCGCCACUAGGGAUCAAAGUCAGACAUUCAGUACAGGCAACAACUAUGGCACAAGCUCAGCAAGUCUGGGCUGGGGCACUGGGUCUAAUUCUUCAGCCAGUGGUAGUGGGUUUAGUUCAGGAUUUGGGUCCAGUAUGGAGUCCAAGUCAUCAGGGUGGGGUAUGUAGGUUAAGUAUUUUGUAUGGUAAGUAUUGUAAGAGAGAGAAGUCUUUUCCAAUUAAUUUCUGGUGUUAUGCGUAUCUGAAAUAUUGAACACUUUUGUGAAAGAUGUUUUUGUACAUUUGGGAAAAUGCUAAAGAUUUAAUUUAGAAAGUUUUGAGGUGAUUGUUUACGAGGAUGUCCAAUUUUAAGUGCUAUUUUUGUCUCAUUUGUUUUUAUUUUGAUUUCAACUGGAUUCUCUAAUGCAUGCAUUGUAAAAUGUGAUAUGCUCAUUUUGAAAACGCAUGAGUAAUGUUUGUGGCUCACCAUUCAUUAUACAGCUGUUGUCAUCUACUUUGAAUGCAAUCUUGCAUUUGGAAGAAUCUGGUUGAAACAAUUGUUUAAAGUGCAACUUAAUUUGCAGUCAAGUUCCAUGGAAAAGCCUUCACUAAAAUCUCUUCUGCAGUUCACCUCUCUUCCAUUUUCCUGGGAGGAAGCUCCUCUUUGGCUGCAUUCUUGGUGAUAUCAGUAUCACUCUCCCUCUUCCCACCCGUAAAUGCUAUGCCAUCAAAGAACGGCUUCACUCCGCAUGUUCUAAGAGACGGUGGGUGUUUUAAUUUUUAUCCACUUUUAAAUGGAAAGAACUGCGCAACUGACAUUUUUAAGAACUGAUGAGUGCGAUUGAUGGCUUGUGGCGAAGAGUGAAACAAUUGAGUGAGCGAACGGAGAGAAGCGUGAAAAGGACUGGUUGUGCAGUGAGAGCCCAAUUUGACUGCUUUUGUGUGUGAAUGGAAGCUGCGGAUGCUACAAGCUCCUCCCCUAACAUGGACAUUCGUUAAUUAGUACUUCAAGAUCUCCUUUUUUAUCUUUGCAACUUUUCCUAUCUUUUAGUAUGUUGAAGUGCAGAACUAGUAUCAAACUGUAGUAGAAUGUUGUGAUGAAUAUUUGUCUUGCUUAUAUAAUCUGAUCUGAAUGCUGUAUGGUGUGUGCUUUCUUGUCAUUGAAUUGAUCUGUAAGUGUGAAGUUGAUGUGGAUGACACCUGCUGAAGACACUGGGGGACGUGAGUGUUGGUGUGAGAACGUGGAGUGAUGUGUUAAAUGGUUCCCAGUAGUUCGAUGUUUAAGGUGUUUCAAGACAUGUGAAAUUGAAGGGCGUUCUCUAAUAAAGCUCAUUUGAAUAGAUGCUUAGUUUACAUUACUUGUGUCAAUUUGUGUGU